UUUUUCUUUCUAGUGGUAGUUAGUCUAGUCUCCCUCUCUCUCUCUCUCCUUAAGUCUCUCCCCUUUAUUCACGGCGUUCUCACAUCCAAUUUUCAUACUUUUCUCUUCCAUUACUAUAACAGAAACAAACAAGAAGAAAAGUUUCACUCAUCUCCAUUCCAAACCAUUCCUUCACAUUCUCUUUUAGAAGAGAGAAACCAAGAGAGAAAAUGUCUGAGUUUUCUUUCACAUCAAGCACCUCCAAGAAGACUGAAUUCUCUAGUCUUCUCCUCUCUGACUUGUUCCAUAUUUGUUUCCUCAUUCUCUCUCACCCUCUUUACUUCUCUUACUUCAUCUUCUUCUCCCCAUAUCUUCUCAAGCUCCUAUCUUUCCUCUCUCCUCUCUUCAUCACCACUUUUCUUCUCCUCCUCCUCGUUCUUCUCACGGUCUCUCCAAACCUUGUCCAAGAAAACUCUCACUCUGAAUUGUCUGAAUAUUCCAAGGUUGGUUUUCUUGUUACAACAUACCAAGCUGUUUUACAAGGGUUGCAGCCUAAAGUGGAUGAUGAAAUUGAAAACUUCCAACAAUUUGAGGAAUUUGAAGUAUAUAAGAUUGUGUUUGACACGUCAAGUUUCGAAUUUAGAGAGGACCCAGAUGAAGUUCUGGAGUUGGAAGUCAAAGAAGUUUGCUCAACGGUCCUUGAAGCACCUGUUGAAAAGAGAUUAGAAUGCUUUUUGCAAGAAAAGGAGGAACAAGAAAAUAUGUUAGGUGAAAAAGAAGAGAAAGAAGAGAAAGAAGUCAAACAACAAGGCGCAGAGUCCUAUAAAGUUGAAGAAGAAGAGGGAAAAGAAAAACCAACCGCGUUGAUGAGAAGCGGAUCCAAUGCAGUGCAUAAUAAAGUAAAUGACACCAAAGUGAGCUCCCAAAGACUAGGUGAAGGUAAUUUGAUUCCUAAUAGUUCACCAGUUGUGGAGACUUACGAAACAUUGUGUUCCAAUCUUGGAAAUUUUGGUUCAAUGAGAAAAGAGAAAGAGUGGAGGAGGACAUUGGCAUGCAAGCUUUUCGAGGAGAGACACAAUGUGGAAGGAGGUGAAGGGAUGGAUUUGCUCUGGGAGACAUAUGAGACUGAUUCGAACAAACUGCAGGCGAAAAGCAACGCAAAGAAGGGGAAGAAAAGCGGGGUUGAGUACAAUGAAGACGACGAUGAGGACGAGGAAGAAGUGGACGGGCAAUUGUGCUGCUUACAGGCUUUGAAGUUCUCAGCAGGGAAGAUGAACUUAGGAAUGGGAAGGCCUAAUCUUGUCAAGAUUUCCAAGGCCCUCAAAGGGAUUGGAUGGUUGCACAAUGUCACCAGGCAUGGCAAGAAGGGGUACCAUUAAAUUAGAUUUUACUUUGUUAAUGUUAAAUUGGCAAUAGCAAAUAUGUGUAUUUGGUUCAAAAUCACAAGUAAAUAUGGCCUUUUGUUUUA